AUGCACUCGCUUGUUCAACGCCUCAAGCGAGACGGCGGCGACCAAGAGAAAGAGCCUCAGCACCCAGAGCCGGAUCCGCCCGCCAAGAGAAGCAGAGCGCCCGCCAGGCAUGCGCCCGACGACCCCAAUAUCCCGCGAAAGCGCCUGCAUGUCAACCAGGAGUGCCUCUACGAGCGCCGCCUGCCUGGGAAGGCCUACGUCUCCGCCCACGUGAACCGCCUGCAACACGGCUACUACAGGUCUAGCGUACUCCAUGAGCCUGCCAUCUACCACGUCUACUUCGUUUCGGUGCAUUUUGUCUUUCAUCCACACGACCCGGACGCCCAUCGCUUCAAAAGUGCCGAAAUCGAAGUGUGCAUGCACAGUGGCGACGAGGCCUCUGGUUCCCACAAACGGCCCGGCCGCUCGCAUCCACGUAUCCUGAAGCAUGCUCCGCAGCUCAUGUUUGGCGCCGUGUCGCCAGAAAAUUUGCAGUGGAACUUUAGCCUCUCGAGCUCGUUGGGCGUAUCUCAGGCACCCGUCUCGGCCUCUGUGAAUCCGAGGGCCGCCAUGCAAAGCAGCUACAAGGUUUUUCACAUGAUGAGCAUCCAAGGCUCCGUGCGGUCGAGGCAAGGCCCCGACGGGGGCACGCAAAAUUUUGAGGACUCCAAGGCCGUCUGGACGCUGACAGAAAACGUGCUCCAGAGGUCGGGUCUGCCGCGUGAAUUUGAUUUUGUGCUGCUCGUGCAAAAGCCAAAAGACGUCAAGAACAUGUACAUGACUGUCAAUGUGAAAGCCAACGUGGGAGCUUGGUACGGCUCGUAUCCACAGUGGUACAACAAUCUCGCAGAGUACAUGCCAUCGCAAAACUGUGCCAUCAGCUUUGACCAUGACAUUGGCCAGCGAUUCGUUCCCAGCCAGCCAGGGCUGGGUUACAAUUUUGCCAACUUGAUGCAUGCGCUGGAUCAGUACGUAAUGAUGCCAGGCACGGUGUACCCGACGACAGGUACGAGCCAAGGAGAGAGCAAUCCUAACCACAUAGAUCAUCAUGCCAAUGACGACAACAAGUCCGUCGAAUCCGAUCACGCCCAUUCUUAUCCGAGGCAUGCUCCCCAGUCUCCAAGAGAAAAUCAGUCGCCUACCCGAAGUUCGGGCCAGCGGGAACGACGAGUCUGGGCUCCUGAGAACGUCAACGUCCGUGUUGUCGUCGAUCAUCGGUUUCCUCCGAGUCCUGAGCUGCGUCGCUUCUCGUACUCGCCCUCGCGUGGCCCAGAACCAAGACGGCAUCCGUCAAUACGACGCAGAAAGUCACGGACGCGGUUGAAGGAGUGCGGCGAAACAGGAUUAGGACGGCUCAGUCCAAGAUGA